ACUAAAUAGACCUUUUGGUGUUUUUAUUUUUUUUUUAAUUUAAGAAACGUCACUUUGAUUAAAGUUUUAUACAACUAACUUUGGUAAAAUACAAAAACUUUAUUUCAGGAUUUUGGAAUGUCUAAACUUAUUUAUUUUUUGUUCUUUGCCUCUAUUAUGGUAUUCAUCAUAUAUUAUUUAUCCGAUAAUUCGAACGACCAGAAUAUUUAUUACAAAAAAUAUAAUUUUCCGACUUUUAAAACCAAAUAUCUGAUAAACACAUCGACUUGUAAAAUUCCCAGUUUAGAUCCCAUAACUAAGGAAAUCAAAAAAUAUGUUUUUAAAUUGGAACCCAUGAAAUGUAAUCAGGAUUUACCCGUUUUGAGUUAUGUAGAAAAAAAUAACCAAGGGGCCUUUCUUAAAAUAAAAGAAAAUUUUAAAAGUUUAUACGGAAAAAAUAUUGAUUGUUGUAUGAUGAAUAUAUCAAGAGUAGUAAAUAAUUCAAAAGAAAAUGACAUAAGAUAUUCCUCAUGCAUAUUCUUUGAAAACAAAAUAAAAAUACACUCUGACACAAUAAAAGUGGUUUGCAAGGAUUCGCGGAAAAAAGAAGUAUACAAAAACGUGCAUAUGGUAGCGUUGCCUAAAAAUCCGCCCGAUGUGAUUAAUGAAUCGAAAUUUAGUGUUUUAUUGGUUGGAAUCGAUACAGUAUCGAGACCAGCUCUUAUGAGAACAAUGCCCAAAACGUACAAAUACGUCAAUGAAAACUAUUUAAGUUUAAAGGGAUACAACAAAGUUGGAUCUAAUACUCUACCGAAUCUUGGAGGAAUGCUGUCUGGAAAAACUAAAAAACAAAUACAGGAGACGUGUCAUUGGAACGACAGAAAAUUAGACAAUUGCAGUUUUAUCUGGAAAAACUUUAAAUCCCAAAACUACAUCACUGGUUAUGUGGAGGACGAAUCGACAAUAAGCACUUUUAACUACUAUUCUCUGGGUUUUUACGAGGCCCCUACAGAUUUUUACGGACGUCAUUACAUUUUAGGCGCGGAAAAAUUGGGGAUUAAAGAUUACCUUAACAUGGAUUACUGCACCGGUCCGGAAAAUACCGGGGAAAGGAUCAUGAACGCAGCCAAAGAUUUUUCCACGACCUACAAAAUUAACAAAUAUUUCGGCCUGUUUUGGAUGAACAGUUUCAGUCACGACGAUAUAAAUCUGCCGGGUACCAUGGAUGAAAAAGUUUUGGAUUUUUUCACCGAUAAAGACUUUAUUGAAAGCAUUGAAGAUACUUUUGUGGUAUUCUUCAGCGAUCACGGAUUUAGAUUCGGCGAUAUUCGCUUCACUUAUACAGGGUGGUUGGAGGAAAGAAUGCCGUUUAUCUUUAUCAAAGUGCCUGAUAGAUUUAAGGGAAUGUUUGCCAAAGAAUAUAGUAAUUUAUUAUCCAACACCCAGAAGCUUACGAACCCUUACGACGUCUACUUGACUCUACAAAACAUUCUCGAAAUUGGCGACGAAAAUUAUAACGCGGUGAAAAGCGAGGCCUGCCCGAAAUGCUACAGUCUGUUCCAGGAAAUUCCGGAGCACAGAACGUGCGAUGAGGCGGCCGUAGAACCCCACAUGUGCACAUGCACAGGCUAUUCCCCCAUAGACCCGAAACAGGACCUCGUGCGGAAUUUCUCCAACUUCGUUUUAACCGGCAUCAACGACAUAAUAAAAGCGUCGUACCCCACCACCCUGUUAUGCAAUUUGUACAAGUUGAACAGGGUCUACUCGGCCGGCAUGUCGGAAACUUUCGUCAAAAACAACGAGAACGUACACUACGUUUUGCUGCUCAUAGAGACCGUUCCGGAGGCCAUGUUCGAAGCCACUCUGGAAAUAAGCAACGGCGCGGUGAGGUUGGUGGGGGAGGCGGGCAGAUUGAACAAAUACGCGCCCCAAAGUUACUGCGUGGACGGGAAGGACCUCAAACAGUACUGCCACUGCAUGUCUGGCAUGGAUUACUUGAAAAACUUGUUUUGCGAUUACUUGGGGUGUUGACUUGAAGGCACUCACUAUUGUUGUAAUAAAUAUUUAUUACGAAUUAAAAAAAUAUAAAGUUAUAAUAUACUAGUGACUAUUUUGGGUAGUUCCCCCGCUAUCCUACACUGUCGUUGAUCGUUGCCCUGCUUAUACCAAUGGGUGACAUCGUCGUAGAGCGUCCUUUUCUCACUUGGGUCGUUUAAUUUCGCGCACAAAUCGCACAUCACAUCAUUUCCCUUAUUGUCCACCACAUAAUCCUUCUUCCACUCGAAAUACUUUAAAUACUCUUUAGAGUUUGCAUCCAGGAAAUUGAUGUGGUCGGCCAAAUCUUUGACAGAGUUGAAAUCGGCGACGUUUAUCACGGAUUUUGGGGGAGCGAAUGUCGUGUAGUUGGCCCCACCGUAGACAAUGGGGAGCACGUUUAGUUUUAGAACGUUGAAGAGCUUUUCCGUCACAUAGUCGUUGCAAAUGGAGUUUUCGAACGAUAGAUAGAACUUGUAUUUCCUCUCCAGCAUGCGGUAGCACAUAAUUUCUUUGGAGGUGGUGCUGUACGACCACGAUAUACCGCACUUAUUAGGCCCGCAACCACCGUAAACGUCCACCGGAAUGUAUUUCUGCAGUUCUUUCACCAACACCUCGCGUUUGCUGGGUGUGUGGCAGUUUGAAGCGAACCAAGCUAUUUUCCCGGGUUUUUUUGCGAUACUAGUAAGCGUAGGGGGCGUAUAGGGCACUUGUAACUUCACCACAAACCCGUAGUUCCUCAACAAAUCUGAAUCCAGUCGGUAGGUCAUGGUCCAGUUGUAGAAGUUCUUGAAACGUUCUGUGCCGGUAUGUAGAGGUGACUCGGUAUUGGAGUAUACAUAAUACUGACUUGGUAAUCGUUUUUUUGGUGGGGCUACGUUGUUUCUUUCGAAAUUCCUGGCGUGGAACAACAAGGCGUCAUAUUCUUCUUCAGGCAUGACAUUUUUAUCAUAAACAGAGUAGCAGUUGUAGAUAGGGCAGUGAUUAAAAACUCUUCCUAGGCCGAAAUAAAAGUCCUUUCUAUCGAAGUGCAUGGACCAAUAUAAUAUGUACUUUGUGUUUUUUUCCUUCACAAAAUGAGUUCGGUUUGUUGCAUUAGGUCUCUCUGUAACUUCAACGUUUGUUGUUUCAGUGUUAUUCACAUACAAGAACAAACGUUUGUGCAAGUUACUACUGCCCGUUUUUAGCAGUACAAACACAAUUGUUGCCGCAAAUACGAAAAUAAAAAAAAUGAUGGGUCCCUUCAUCUCUUAUCUGCAACAGAAAAAUAGUUACUUAACUUUAAC